AGUCCCACCCUCUCCUCUCUCGCGAACAAAAUCUAGAGAAAAAUAUAUUUACGCUACUCAACAGGUUCCUUCAGCGCACGAGAAAAAGCGUAGCCUCCCCCCUCCCUUUUUUUUUCCUCCAAACCCCCCAAAAAAAUCCCACCUUUCCCCCUAAUUUCUGCUCUCUCAGGCCGCCCGGCGGCGGCCCAGAUCUCCGGUGCGCGUGGAAUUGAUCGCCGCCGACCUCCUCAGCUGCCGCCACCGGACGCGUCUUCGCUGAUCAGGGAAAGAUCAGGCGAUGAAGGUUACUAAGGUGAUCACCUUUUAGCGCCUCAAGAGCUCGCCUUUGCGCCUUAUGACCUUGUCUCGAUGCCUCAAGGGCUUGUCUAAGGCAUGUGAUACAAGGAAAAUAUAAUAAGAGAUUUCUGAAGUUUCAAAAGAAUGGAUUCAGAUGAUAAGGUUGUUCCUAGAGCUUUUGGUUCACAUACAUCUUCUAGUGCUAUAAGCACUCCAGAAGAAAAUGGAGAUAUGCAUGACGAUGCAAAGAAUCAAAGCCUGCAGGAGUUUCUAAAGUCCUAUCCAAGGAAGGAGCUCAUGCGUCCAAGUCUAGAUAAAGAAAGGAAGCAAUUUGGUCCGUCAAGGUGUAAAAUAACCGAGGAACUGUCUAAAAAAACACCCAGCAAAGGAUGCAAGAACACUGAGUCGAGGAAACACUCUUCAAACCAAUCAACUUCCAACAGCAAUCAAGCUCCUAAGAAGCAACCGAGAAAGGGUGAAAAUCCUGUUAGGCUUUCUUCUGCUGAAGUCUCUGAGGAUUCUAGAUGCAGUAGCACCUGGAUUUGUAAGAAUUCAGCUUGUAAGGCUGUUCUGACUGCAGAGGAUACUUUCUGUAAGAGAUGUUCAUGUUGCAUCUGUCACCUCUUUGAUGAUAACAAAGAUCCAAGUCUUUGGUUGGUCUGCACAUCUGAAUCAGGCGGCGGUGAUUGGUGUGGGUUGUCUUGCCAUAUUGAGUGUGCUCUGCAACGUGGAAAAGCUGGUGUUGUUGACCAUGGACAAUUGAUGCAGCUUGAUGGGAGUUACUGUUGUGCUUCAUGUGGAAAGGUUUCCGGAAUAAUAGGAAGCUGGAGGAAGCAACUGGCAACAGCAAAAGAUGCUCGCCGGGUGGAUAUCCUUUGCUACCGGAUAUUUCUCGGUUACAGGCUCUUGGCAGGCACUUCCCGAUUCAAAGAAUUGCAUAAAAUUGUAGAUGAUGCAAAAGCAAAGCUGGAAACAGAAGUUGGUCCACUAAAUGGUGUCUCAGCCAAGAUGGCCCGUGGUAUUGUAAGCAGGCUAUCCAUUGCUAGUGAUGUGCAGAGAUCAUGCUCUCUUGCAAUUGAGAAGGCAGAUGAGUGGCUCAGUGCCAAUACCAAUUCAGAUCCAAAACACAGCGAUUCUCUUCCUGCUGCUUGCCGAUUCCAGUUUGAAGAAAUAACAUGUUCUUCUCUUGUAAUUGUUUUAAAAGAAACCAGUGCAUCAGCAUCUGAUAUCAUAAAGGGUUACAAGCUCUGGUAUUAUAAAACCAGGGAAGAAGAACCACACGAAAAAGAGCCUGUAACCUUUCCAAAAGCUCAAAGAAGGAUUCUAAUCUCUAAUCUUCAACCAUGCACAGAAUAUGCUUUCCGUGUUAUUUCUUUCACAGAAGGCGGAGACUUGGGCCAUUCAGAAGCUAAAUGUUUUACAAAGAGUGUGGAGAUAAUCCAGAAGCAAACGGAGCACAACGGAGUGGAAGGAUGCUCAUCAAAUGCCAAGAUAGAGGCCAAGUCGCGAGGUACCAAGUCAUCUGGAUUCAAGGUCCGAAAUCUUGGGAAAGUCCUAGAACUAGCUUGGGCACAAGAAGAAGAAGGCAUCUAUGAUGAGUUUUGCAAAGAUGUGGUAGACGAAGAAUCCUGUGGUGGGAGUGGCAUGUUGAAACUAGAAACUGGUGAAGAGCGCCAAGCAGAGCCUUCUGUUGUCCGCAGACUGGAUUUGAACGUUGUUUCGGUUCCUGACCUUAAUGCAGAAGUAACUACCCCUGUAGAGGGCUCCCCUGAUGAAGAAAAUGGAUGCAGUUCAGAGAAGAAUGAAUUGGCUAGGUCAAAUGGUAGUGGUGAUUCUCAGACCUGUGCUGCUCGGCAAAUUGGUGAAGUGCCUGCUGUAGAGUCUCGACCAGAGUCUAGGAAGCGGUCAAUUAACGCACAUGAGGAAACUUGUGAUGGAGAUAGCACGUUGGUCAAUGCAUCACCUGUGCGAGUUUCCAAUGGUUUAGGUCAAUUGGAUGAUAACUAUGAGUAUUGCGUGAAGGUGAUCAGGUGGCUGGAAUGCACAGGCCACAUCGAGAAUGAUUUUCGUAUGAAAUUCCUAACUUGGUUCAGCCUGAGGUCUACUGAGCAGGAACGACGAGUGGUGAUCACAUUCAUCCGAACCCUCGUUGAUGACCCAAGUAGCCUUGCAGGGCAACUGGUUGAUUCUUUUUCUGAGAUAGUCACCUGCAAGAGGCCGCGUAAUGGUUUCUGCAGUAAGUUGUGGCAUUGAAUCGAGAAACUGAGGGCAAUCAUGGUUUCCAUAUAGGCAUACAUAGCAUACACAUUCUUGCAGACUAACUCUCUCCUGAGACAUCGCUCCUAUUCUCCAUUUACAAGGUAACCCGUUUUGAUUUAUUGCUGGCCUGAAAUUUAAAAGGUCAGCUGAAAUGGUAAUGACUAUUGCUCCUCCCCGAUGGUUGCUUCUAGCCUUCUGCUAUGUCACACAAGAUGAAGUGUAGUGAUAAUUUAUUCUUUUCUUUAGAAUGAUACUUUCUGAAACCAAUAGCUAUUUUAUUCCUGAAAAUAUCAGGGUCAUUUUUAUACUCUAGCCCUUGGCUGAAGGCCGAUUGCAAUACAUGCUAUUGUUGUGUUGGUCAUA